AUGAUGGGGCAGUGGCGUGGCGAACAGCAAUGGAGACUGAAUUACUAUCGCAUGAACAAAACAGUACUUGGUCGAUUGUAUCGCGCGGAGCUACUCGUCCGAUUGGAUGUCUAUGAGCUUUCGCUAAGACGCCUGAUGAGAACGGCCGAGUCAUUUGUUACACGGCAUGGCUUUUAUGCAAAGCGGUUUGUGGAUUUUUUAGAAACGUACUCCCUUGUAAACAUGAAUUCGAUUUGGGUUGUAUUGGCUGUAUGUGUCGCAGACGGAUAUGAAUUGGAACAGCUGGAUGCAGACACUGCGUUUCGAAAUAUCGAGCUAAGUGACCGGAUCUAUAUGGAGAUACCGCCUAGAAAUGUCAAAACUGCGGUGCCACAGGCGACUCGUUUUUCAGCGAAAAUUAUUCUGGAAGUCGAAGAUAUGGGUAUGGACAUCACAAUGGCACUUAAGACGCUCAAGCGCCGCGACGUGCGCAAGAAAAAACGUAAUGCUGAUGAAUUUAUGGAUCAUGAUACAAAGCGGAUAAAAGAGGUACAAGAGAAGGAUACACCGAAGCUACCAGAGCUGCUCGACUGUAUCGUUGCUACUCAAAUGUAUCCAAAAGUUGUGAAAGAGUUGUGGUUUAAAUUUUUGAAGACUUGGGGCGUCAAAGGUACAAAACCACUUAUACGCUGUUAUAACGAAUUCUUUAUGUACAAUACAAGCAGGGAGGAGAAAAGUAUGGACCCAGUCGUGACUUUUGACUUGAUGGAGCAAUGGGAUGCAGAAAGACAGAAGAAAAGAGAUGAUGAGGAAGAUAAGGAAAAGAUGGAUCAUCAAAAUGGCGUAGAAAAGUUUGACAAACCUCGAAAAAAAUUAAAAGCUCGAACACCUUCACGUCGGCGCUUUGACGAGCUCAAUAUGUUUUCUAUUGUGGAUUUGAUUGGAAUCUUAAUGAUUGCAUCGCGCGUAUUGAAUUUGGGCUUAUUGCCAAGUGAUUUUGCAGAUUGGGUUGCUACAGGAGUCAUUCCGUACCAUAAUUCACUGGCCACGUGCUGUGCGGACGCACCCGACGUGCGAGAAUCGGUGAAGUAUAUUGCCAGUUUUUUUCAUUCUUUGAUGCUACGUCACAAAGCGACAACUGUUCAGAUUGCAUACUCUGCACAUCACCUUCAAUACCACAUGGGUUUACGUCUUCCUCCAAUAAAUGUACCACUUGCAGCUCAUCGUAUUUGCGCUACAAUGGGUUUCCCUCCUGAAGUCUAUCGCCAUUUUAUAUGGAUUACGGGUUUCUUAAAUGUUGAAGGUAAAAUGACGGAAUUGCCACUCUUACUCCAAUCUGAGGUUGAUGGGUAUCCUAGAUUUAGCUUAACACAUACUCAAAAAGAGGAUAAGGUUGAUGCAAUUCUUCAGACUGAGUUAGGUAUUGUAGCUCACUUAGUUGUUGCAAUUAAAAUGUGUGCGAACUGGCACGAGUGGAUUUACGAGCGGGACCAACAAGACAAUGACAAAGAAGAGCGAGAGAAGAGAAAUAAAGCACCACCCGUGACUGCGGUACACAACGCAUAUGAUUUAUCUCGGCGUGAUCUCGACUCAUUCAUUCAAUUCGCCAAGCAAGUUUUUAUUGAUCCUGACAAAUCUGGAAUCCCUGAUGAUUUUCAAGAACACGUGAAACAGCUGCAACGCAUACAAGCAAUCGACGAGUCACUUUUGUCCAACGAAGAUCAAAAUUUACAGCUGAAGCGGAAUUCUCUGCUUGCUUAUCCUGGUAUUCACGUCGACGGGAUUCUUGCUGAAACUGAUGCAGAGAUCGAAAAACGUCUACAACGUUUACGCUCUCGAGAUAGCAAUACUGACACUAUUGACGACAAAGAUAAGACAAUUGAUGCCUUCUUUUAUCCCAUUUACAAUCAUUCUCAGCGUACACCGCCGCAUUCAGCGUACGAAUAUGUGCUUGAGUUGCUUUGUAGGAAAAUUAACGCUCCUAUUGCGCAAGUAUUGCCCAUACUUGCUAAACUUGACAAGCGAAUGAAAAGUUUAAUUUAUCACUUUGAACGCACCAAGUAUCACGUUGAGUUCCUGCAAGCAGGUCAAGCAAAGUGGAAAGCUGCCAAGAAAUCUCAGAAAUUAGCAAUCACUUAA